AUGAGUUUGAUGGAGAUACCCAUAAUUCAACAGCACAACACUCCUUCAAUGUCCACUCGAUAUUGUCCCCAGGUCUAUGGAUGUCAGCAGACACUAGUGUCUAUGCUCACAAGAAGGCGACCUGCUGAAAAGAAUAGCUUAUCUGGAGGAACAAGUUCUAUUUCAGAUGACAAUACUGUUGUUCAAAGGUGGAGUCAGUCCAUUAAGAGACCCCAUUACGCUUGUGGACCUUCAUCCGAUGUAAUUCAUGAUGGUGCAUUUUAUACAUCAGAUGACUUUUCUGAAGGGUCGUUUAAAGAAUCAUCUUCCAGCUCACAUUGCUCCGAAGUUGGUCGUACUGGAUCUUUUUCAUCUGUAGUUUGUAAGAAAAAAGCAAGACAAAGUCAGUGGUCUCAGCUUUCACUGAAAGCGUUUUUCCAGAAAUCAGGAGCCAGUGGUGAUACAAAUAAUAGUAUUUGUUCUGACAAGGAGCCUCCUCAAUCAGACAUUUCGAUUUCUUACUGUGAAAUGAAUGACACUGUCACCGAAGAUGGUGAACUAGAUGCUGCAAAGGAAUGGCCGUCAAGACAAAGCACAAUAAUGCAAGGAAAUAAUACGUCACAAUUUCCAGAAAAAGAGAAGAAUAUCACGGCCUUAGUUGAGUGGCAACGGAUUCAGCAACUUAUGGAAACCAGCAUACCUCUUUGCAAGGGCCACAAGGAACCUUGUGUUUCUCGAGUGGUGAAGAAAUCUGGACCUAAUUUGGGUCGACGGUUUUAUGUCUGUGCUCGUGCGGAGGAAUUCGACGUUGUUCUUAGAGCGGAUAGGCCGGUUAGACACUGCACGAACAUCCUAAGCCAAGAUUGCGAGGCGAUACUUCAAGCUUGA